UCAGCUGGGGGAACAGUAGCGGACUGCAGAAGCUCUCCUCUCUCUCCGGGCCCCAGCCGACACUGAGCUGCUUCCCUGCCUAGCUGCUUCCCUUCCUCUCUCUCCGGAUGGGGGAGUCUCUGCUGCUAGCGCCCAGCUUGGCUCAGACUCUGGCCGUCAGCGCAGCUAAAACCUCGAAGCUCUCUCUCUCUUCGUCCAACCAGCGCUCCCUUGCCGCCUGGAUCAAAGACAACAUCAGGAAGAAGGAGUGUUGCUUCUACGUGGACGGUGACAGUAACGGGAUCUGUAAGUGUGGUUACCAGAGGAUUCACCAUGUUGAUGCCUCUAUCAAACCUGAGAACUACCUGGGAGAGACAUGGGACAGGGAGAGACAUGUACAGGAGCUCCCUACUGAUGCUUAUGGAGACAUCUGGUUUGGUGGCCUUGGACAGAAGAUUGGCAAGUAUGUGCGCGUCUCCUCAGACACCUCUCCAGACCUGCUGUACCAGCUCCUGACAGAACAGUGGAAACUUCCUCCUCCUAACCUGCUCAUCUCUGUCACCGGAGGGGCCAAGAACUUCUACAUGAAACCUCACCUCACAGCACUGUUCCGCAGGGGCCUCAUUAAAGUGGCCCAGACUACAGGUGCCUGGAUCAUUACAGGUGGCACCCAUGCAGGUGUGAUGAAGCAUGUAGGCCGGGCAGUGAGGGAGUACGUCCUCAGCAGUGGCUCUAUGGAGGGGCAAAUAGUGUCCAUUGGAGUGGCGACCUGGGGAGCCAUACACAACAGGAGUCCCCUGGUACACCUGGAGGGCCGGUUCCCAGCACACUACUCCCUGGACAUGCAGUCCCAGGGUCACCUCUCCUGUCUGGACAACAACCACUCCCACUUCCUGCUGGUGGAUGAUGGAACACACGGACGCUACGGCGUGGAGAUAGAACUACGCUCUCGACUAGAGAGACUCAUCUCCCAGCAGCCUCUGGGAAACAGAGAGAGUGGAGUGAGGAUCCCAGUAGUGUGUGUGGUGCUGAAUGGAGGACCAGGCACUCUCAGUACCAUCUACGGUGCCAUGCGGAACAGGACUCCCUGUGUCGUCCUGGAGGGGUCAGGGAGACUUGCGGACGUCGUCGCCCAUGUGGCUGGUCUCCCCGUUACCAAGGUUACCCUGUCUGUCAUCCACCAGCUAAUGAAACGGUUCUUCGGACCGGAGUACGACUCCUUCACAGAGCUCGAGAUCAUAGAAUGGACCAAGAAGAUUCAGGACAUCAUCAGGACGCCUCAGCUACUGACAGUGUUCCGUAUGAGUGAAGACAACCAUGGUGACGUUGAUGUGGCUAUCCUCCAGGCGCUGCUCAAAGCCAACAGGAGCAGUGAGUGUGUUGGGAUGGAGCGCUGGGAGAGACAACUGGAGCUAGCCGUAGCCUGGAACAGAGUGGACAUCGCUAAGACGGACAUCUUCACUGAGGAUAGCCAGUGGAAGUCCAGUGACCUGCAUCAGGCCAUGUUCUCAGCCCUGGUGGGCCACAAACCCCAGUUUGUCCGGCUGCUCCUGGAGAACGGAGUGUGUCUGAGAGAGUUCCUGGGGGACCAGACCACUCUGUGUGACCUCUACACCCAACUGCCCACUUCCUGCUUCUUCCUGCGCCGCCUGGCCAAGCGCAUCCAGCCCGAGAAGAGUCGACGGAGUCAGAACCUGAGUCCCCGGGGCGCCGCAGCGAGGACCAUCUCUCUCAGUCACGUCUCGGAUGAAAUACGCCACCUACUGGGCAGUUUCACCCAGCCACUCUACCCCCUGCCUGGCCUGCACUCCACCAGGUACCCCAAGGAGGAUGUCGCUGUCACACUGCCACCCAAAGAGCAGCUGGAGCUCCAGGCCUCGCCAGAUCCAGACAGAGGACCAGGGAGAGAUACAGGAAGGGGAGAGGAGACUUUCAGAGACCCAGGCGGAGACCUUUUCCUCUGGGCCAUCCUGCAGAACAAGAAAGAGCUGGCUGAGAUCGCCUGGGAGCAGUCCCGGGACUGCAUGUCUGCGGCUCUGGCCGCUAGUAAGAUCCUGAAGAAGCUGGCUGAGGAAGGAGCGGAAGAGGAGGAUGAGGCGGAGGAGAUGAGAGAACUGGCCAAACAUUAUGAGAGACAAGCCAUCGGUGUGUUCAGUGAGUGCCACUGCUGUGAUGAGGAGCGUGCCCAGAGGCUGCUAAUCCGGGUCUCUUCAUCCUGGGGUCAAACCACUUGUCUGAGGCUGGCUCUGGAGGCUGAUGACAAGAGCUUUGUUGCUCACUCUGGGGUUCAGGCUCUCCUGACCCAGAUCUGGUGUGGGGAGCUGGCGGCGGACAAUCCUCUGUGGAGGGUGCUGCUAUGUAUGCUGUUCUUCCCUCUCAUUUACACUGGCUUCCUGGGAUUCAGGCGUGAUGAGUCCAUCCAGAGAGAGUCAGAGAGGAGCGCUGAGCUGCUCACCAUGGAGUCAUUAACAGGAAGCCAGGCCUGCACCAGGAGGAAGCCUCCUGUUCAUGACCUCCCUGCCAGGAUCCAUCUGGGUCUGAAGCCGUUGACAGUCUCCACCCGGCUGGUCAGCCUCUUCACCUCUCCUCAGGUGAAGUUCUACUGGAACAUUUUGUCCUACUUCAGCUUCCUGCUGCUGUUCUCUGUGGUGCUGAUGAUCGACUUCCAGGCCACGCCCUCCUGGAGGGAGGGGCUUCUCUAUGUCUGGCUCAUCUCAUUGGUCUGUGAGGAGGUCCGACAGCUGUUCCAUGACCCAGAUGGGUUUGGGUUCCGUAAGAAGGCUGAUAUGUACAUUAAUGACAUGUGGAACAUUCUAGACUUUCUGUCCAUCCUGCUGUUCAUCAUCGGCCUGGCCUUCAGACUGACCACCAGGCUGUUCUACGCAGGGAAGGUCAUCCUGUGUAUCGACUUCAUCAUCUUCUGUCUUCGUCUCAUGGCCAUCUUCAUCAUCAGUAAAACUCUGGGCCCCAAGAUCAUCAUCGUCAGGAGAAUGAUGUUGGACAUGUUCUUCUUCAUGUUCCUGCUGAGUAUCUGGGUGGUAGCAUACGGCGUUGCUAAGCAGGGCAUCCUCAUCCACAACGAGGACAGACUGGACUGGAUCGUCCGGGGCGUCAUCUACGAACCAUACCUUAUCAUCUUCGGGAAUAUGCCCUCUAACAUCGACAAUGCCCUGUUUGACAUAAAGGCCUGCAGUGUAAAUGGUACAGAGCCUCGAAAGCCGAAAUGUCCUAUUCUUAACGAGGACAAGAGGCCUGCAUUCCCUGAGUGGCUGACUAUAAUCCUACUGUGUGUCUACCUGCUGUUUGCCAACAUACUGCUGCUCAACCUGCUCAUAGCAAUCUUCAACUAUACUUUCCAGGAGGUUCAGGAUAACACAGACACCAUCUGGAAAUUCCAGCGUUAUGAACUGAUCAAGGAGUACCACAGUCGGCCCGCUGCCCCCCCUCCAUUCAUCCUCCUCUCCCACAUCUUCCUCUUCAUCAGACGCAUAGUGCUGCAGAGACCCCCCAAUAGUUACAGAGCCUUCAAGGAGGAGCUGCCUGAGGCGGAGGAGGAAGAGUUGUUGUCGUGGGAAUCCUUUAUGAAGGAUAACUACCUUCUCUCCUGUAGACAGCGGCAAAGCCAGAGCAUUGAGCACCGUACCACAGACACCGCUGACAAGGUUGGCGCCAUGGCAGAGCUGCUACAGAGGGAGGAUUCCACCGGGUCGGUUGCUUUAGUGAAGAGAUUGACCAGAGUGGAGGAGCAGGUCUCCCAGUCAGCCAGAGCUCUACAGUGGAUCAUGGACACCCUGAAAGCUCAGGGUCUACACUCUAAAGAGGAGGCUCCACAGCUUGCCUCACCUGGUAAGCUGAAGACGUCUGAAAGUGAACCCAGUGAACCCCAUAGACAGGAGAAGUCAGAGAGAGAGAAGACAUUUUACCACGUCAACGCCCGGCGUCUGGACUACCCUGACAGUACCGUCCCUCGCUUCCCCGUUCUUGAGGAGAAGGUGCCCUGGGAGGUUGACUUCAUCCUUUACAAUCCUCCUGUUCUGAAUGGAGACAGCCAGGAGAAGAUAGACGGAUCAGAACCUGGUUCUGUAAAGAGUUACAGAAACCCAGCAGGCAGGACAGGCAUGAGAGGAAGAGGAGCGCUCACCUGUCUGGGUCCAAACCUGAUCGUGGACCCUGUCCUCACACGCUGGAGAGAUAGUGAGAGAUCUGCUCUGGAGUUCCUGGCGGUCUGGGACCAGGAGGACGGGCUCUGGACACUUCCUGGGGGUCCUGUCCAAUCAGACGAGCCCCUGCCAGACAGAUUACUGAGGAUUAUGGGACAGAAGAUCUAUGACAGGAUAAAAACUAAGGUGGUAGAGGGAAUUAAGGUCCACGAGGGCUACGUAGAUGACGUCAGGAAUACAGACGAUGCCUGGGUAGAAACUACAGUCCUGAACAUCCAUCUCGACAGGAGAAGUCUACUGAUGGCUGAUAUCAACCGCAUGGCUGAGAAUACCCUGGGCUGUGUGGAGCUGGUCCAGUGGAUGGAGGUGAGCAGCAGGACCAGGAUGUGUUCUUACCAGAGAGAUGCUCUGAGACGGGUGGCCGAGCUGCACCAGAGGACCUUCCAGCUGCACCAGAGGACCUUAUAACUUCACCAGAGGACCUUAUAGCUGCACCAGAGGACCUAAUAGCUGCACCAGAGGACCUAAUAGCUGCACCAGAGGACCUUCUAGCUGCACCAGAGGACCUUCUAGCUGCACCAGAGGACCUUCUAGCUGCACCAGAGGACCUUCUAGCUGCACCAGAGGACCUUCUAGCUUCACCAGAGGACCUUCUAGCUGCACCAGAGGACCUAAUAGCUGCACCAGAGGACCUUCUAGCUGCACCAGAGGACCUUCUAGCUGCACCAGAGGACCUUCUAGCUGCACCAGAGGACCUUCUAGCUGCACCAGAGGACCUUCUAGCUAGAAAGAGGACCCACACUGUACUGGUUAGAGUACUGUUGAGAUGUACUGUACUGGUUAGAGUACUGUUGAGAUGUACUGUACUGGUUAGAGUACUGUUGAGAUGUACUGUACUGGUUAGAGUACUGUUGAGAUGUACUGUACUGGUUAGAGUACUGUUGACAUGUACUGUACUGGUUAGAGUACUGUUGACAUGUACUGUACUGGUUAGAGUACUGUUGACAUGUACUGUACUGGUUAGAGUACUGUUGAGAUGUACUGUACUGGUUAGAGUACUGUUGAGAUGUACUGUACUGGUUAGAGUACUGUUGAGAUGUACUGUACUGGUUAGAGUACUGUUGAGAUGUACUGUACUGGUUAGAGUACUGUUGAGAUGUACUGUAGAGUUAUAAUAAUGUAAGAGACAUGUCGGAGGACCAUAUAUCAAAUCAAAUCACAUUUUAUUGGUCACAUACACGUGUUUAGCAGAUGUUACUGCGGAUGUAGCCGAAAUGCUGGUAAAUAUGUAUUCCUUCACUGUGAGAUACUAUAUGUAUAUAUUUGAUAGGCUUUAAUAGUUCAUAUAUCGUAGUGUAUAGUAUACUGUUUAAUGGAAGUUCAGAUUAAAAGAGGACACUGACGUAUCAGAUAUGAGCAAGCAAACUGGAUUAGACCAGUUAGCCUAUAAUGAUGUCACGUCCUGACCAGCAGAGGGAGUAAUUGUAUUAGUUUUGGUCAGGAUGUGGCAGAGGGUUUGUGUUGUGUGUAGGUUCUAGGUAGGUUUUCUAUGUGUAGUUUUGGGUGCUGGACUCUCAAUUGGAGGCAGGUGUUUCUAGUUGCCUCUGAUUGGGAGUCCUAUAAACAGGUGUGUGUUUUUCUUUGUGGUUGUGGGUAGUUGUUUGUGAGCACUGCUUUUGUUUAGCCUGCCACACUGUUCUUGUCGUGAGUAUUGUUUAUUCCCUGUGGAUGCUUUGCUCGUGUUUUAUUAAAAAGAUGAGUAUCCACAUUCCCGCUGCGUAUUGGUCCUCCCUUCAACACAACGACAUUAUUUGUGACAAAUGA